CUAACGAAACCACAGCCGGCGAGUAACCUCGGUACCGGUUUACCUCGCAGCGGCAAAACAUGCAGGUUUGACCGACGCCAAAAGUCGCUCUCCUUGAUCACAACGAACUGCCGCACUUCUUAAUAUAGCCGGCGAUCACAAAGACAUCGGAAAUCAGCUUGAUCGCGGCGUGCGAAAAUGUCGAGUCUGCUUCCGGAGACUGACAGCGAGGACGAGCUGCCAGCGGGUUGGGAGGAGCGCGUCGCGACCGACGGCUCGGUCUACUACGCCGACCACCUGGGUCAGCGCACGCAGUGGACGCAUCCGCGAACGGACAAGCGCAAGCGCGUCUCGGCACAGCUGCCCUUCGGCUGGGAACACAGCGGCGACGGCGCCUUCGUCGAGAGGGCCUCGGGACGCCGCAGCCAGACCGACCCGCGGCUCGCUUUCCCCGUCGAGGAAGGCGGCCCGGUGCCCCGCCAGCGCUUCGACGCCAGCUCGACAGCCAUGCAGGUGCUGCACGGACGAAACUUGGACGGCCAGACGGCUGUCGUCACUGGUGGCAGCUCGGGCAUUGGCCUCGAGACUGCGCUAACCCUGGCCUCGCAUGGUUGCGAUGUGGUCAUUGCCUGCCGCUCGGCUGAUGCUGUGGCCAAAGCCAUAGCGCAGGCCAAAGCCGAGAGGCCCAGUGCCAAGCUGUCCUUUCUGCCUCUAGACUUGGCUUCCCUGCAGUCCGUGCGUGACUUUGCCACGGCCUUUGCCCAGCAGCGGCAACACCUCAACAUGCUCAUCCUCAAUGCUGGCGUGUUUGCGAUUCCACACUCGAUCACUGAAGACGGCUUUGAGCGCACCUUCCAGGUGAAUCAUCUGGGCCAGUUCUACCUGACAAUGCUGCUGGAACCACUCUUAGUUGCUUCAGCGCCGGCACGUGUUGUUGUGCUGUCGUCCGAGAGCCACCGCUUCAGCUUUCUCUCUGCGGCCAACUUGUCUGAAGACCGCCUGUCGAAUCCGACGGGACGGGGCUUUUAUCCCAUGCUGGUCUACAAUGACACCAAGCUGUGCAAUGUGCUCUUUGCGGCAGAACUCGACCGGCGGUGGGGGCCACGGGGCGUACGUGCCUACGCCGUGCAUCCAGGAAACAUGAUGUUCACUGGCCUCCCACGUGAGAGCUGGUUGUAUUGGACUCUCUUCUUGCUCGCGCGGCCAUUCACCAAGUCUGUGGCACAAGGUGCUGCAACAACCGUGCUUUGUGCCACAGCACCAGAGCUGACCGAUGCCGGAGGCGCUUACUUCAACAACUGCUGCCAGUGCAGGCCGUCAGCCGCAGCUCAGGAUGAAGUGCUAGCCGGGCUCCUCUGGAAGACGAGCCAAGCCAUGAUCAGCCGAGCACGGCUGCAGAUUGGUGGUGAAAACGCUGAACAUUUUGUACAGUGACUGAAUGACAGGAAAAGAAUAGACUCGUGGGCUAGUUGGGACUGCAUAACUUGAGGUACUAUAGUGCAACAGUGUCUGCAGGACGACAGAGGAGACGAGCUGUGUCUUUGUCUCCUCUGCCGUCUUGUGUUCCCUGUUGCACUGUACCUCAAGUUGAGUGACACGGUCUUGUGAAAAAUAAUUUUAUGUAAUAAAGCUUUGAUGACUUUUGUAGGAAAUGGCUACGCUACAUAAU